AUGAAGAAGCAAAAGUCUGGUAUCGGGUUUGGGCAGAGGAAGCUUCACUUGGUUCUCGGUCUGCACCACACACUUUUGGAUAGCUGUCACAUCGCGCGGCUUGCAGACGGAGACAAGCAUCUGGUGGAACAGCGCCAUGUCAUGAUAAAAACUUUACAAGAGAAGAAGAAGCUUCACUUGGUCCUUGGUCUACGAGGCACACUCUACGACUACAUUAUAAUUUCUCAUUUAUCCGAUAGAGAGAAGCAUUUGAUCGGAGAAGUAGAUUCAAGGGACGAUCUUUGGCGGAUCACCGCACAGUCCCAUGAAGGGUUGAUAAAAUUGCGCCCUUUUGUAGCCGAAUUCUUGCGUGAAGCAAACAACACGCUACAUGCUUACUCGCUUUCCCGGCCAGAACACUCCGAUUAUAUGCUCAAGUUGCUUCAUCCGCAUCAAACCUACUUUGGCCGUCGCGUCAUCUGCAGUAGAGACACGUGUAUGAAAACACUUGACCUUGUCUUGGUCGACGAACGUGUCCUGAUCACGAGUUACCGUUAUUUCCAAAGACCCACGACGACCCAACACAGUGGAUUGAUUGCAAAUCUUUUCAACUUCCUUAAGGCAAACUUGUUGGAAUAUCGUUGCCACCAUUUGGCUCCAAAAUCUUACUCGGAGGAAGGUAUAGAUGAGACUGAAGAGGAUGGAGGAUUGGCCAUUGCUCUCAAGUUCCUCAGGAAUCUUCAUCAACGAUUCUUCGACGGAGAAUAUAUCAAGACGUGA